AUGGGUGUUCUCGAUAUCGUUCCAACUGGUGUUCUCACCGGUGACAACGUGCGUAAAUUAUUCAACUAUGCCCGGGAACAUGGGUUUGCUAUCCCAGCGGUUAACUGCACAAGUUCAUCCACUAUCAACGCAGCUCUAGAAGCUGCACGUGAUGUCAAAGCACCUCUUAUCAUUCAGCUCUCUCAGGGUGGCUCUGCUUUUUAUGCUGGUAAAGGGCUUAGUAACGAUGGCCAACGUGCGUCUAUUCUUGGCGCUGUUGCUGCGGCUCACCAUGUACGCACUGUAGCAAAAGACUAUGGAGUUCCCGUUGUGCUGCACUCUGAUCAUUGCGCAAAGAAACUUUUGCCCUGGUUCGAUGGCAUGCUCGAUGCAGAUGAAGAAUAUUUCAAAGUCCACAAUGAACCACUUUUCAGCUCCCACAUGCUUGAUCUGUCCGAAGAACCAAAGGAUGAAAAUAUUGCCCUCUGCAAAACGUACUUGCAGCGCAUGGCAAAAAUGAAUCUACUUUUGGAAAUGGAAAUCGGUAUCACUGGCGGUGAAGAGGAUGGAGUCGAUAACACUGGCGUUGAUAACAACCGACUUUACACUCAACCGGAGGACGUGUGGGAUGUGUAUCGUGAAUUGAUUCAAGUCAGCGACUUGUUCACCAUUGCUGCAGCUUUUGGUAAUGUACAUGGUGUGUAUAAACCGGGGAACGUCAAAUUGUCUCCGCAUUUGCUUAAGAAGCAUCAAGAUUACGUCCGUGAAAAGUUGGGCACCCAACAAGAGAAGCCUAUCUGGUUUGUGUUCCACGGUGGUAGUGGUAGCGUAAAGAAGGAGAUUGAGGAAGCUGUUUCGUAUGGAGUUAUCAAGAUGAACGUUGACACUGAUACGCAAUGGGCUUAUUGGGAGGGAAUACGAAACUUUUACGAGGCCAAGAAGGAUUAUCUCCAAACUCAAGUUGGAAAUCCCGAGGGUGAGGAUAAGCCUAAUAAGAAAUAUUAUGAUCCUCGUGUGUUCAUUCGUGACGCUGAGAAAUCAAUGGUGAAUCGUGUGAAAGAGGCUUGCCGCGACCUGGGCAACGUCAACAGGUUAUAA